AUACCAGUGACUUGGUCCAAAACCUCACGUUGCAUAGGUCAUAUUUUAUUCUAUGCUUAAUUAAAUGAUUAAAUAUUUAUCAUUUGCUUCAAUUUGAAGUCAACAACCCAUAAAACCAUUCUUCUUCAAACUUCAUCCAAGCCUCCCAAAAACAGAGCAGCCAUGGAAUCUAUUAACAUCUUCAAAGGCUAUGGCAAAGUAAACCCAGACCAACUUGAAGAUCAAACUCAAACCUCAAACCCAAAAUCCCCCAAACCCCAAAAGCCCCUCUUUUCCAUUCUCACCAUCUCAGCCCUCAUCUGCUUGACCUUGGUGAUCGGCCUCCUGCUCGCAGCUCUCAUCCACGUGUCCAACUCCGAGUCCCCUUCUCUCUCCAGCUCUAACUCGGCCGAGUCAGCCAUCAAAACCAUCUGCAACGUGACUCGGUACCCCAACUCGUGCUUCACCUCCAUCUCCUCCCUCAACACCUCUCCAAAGCCCGACCCAGAAACCAUUUUCAAGCUCUCUCUCGAAAUCUCCGUCGCCGAGCUCUCAAACAUCUCGUCUCUGUUGAAUACGAUGAACUCCGAUCCCGCGACUCGGGACUGCGUGGAUCAGCUCGAGGACGCGCUGAGUCGGCUCAACGACUCGGUUUCGGCGAUGGGACAGAAGGCGUUGACCGUGGCUAAACUCAACGACAUACAGACGUGGAUAAGCAGCGCUGUGACAGAUCAAGAGACGUGCUUGGAUGGGUUGGAAGAGAUGGGAUCAACGGCUGUGGAUAAAGUGAAGAGCAAGAUGAAGAGGUCCAUGGAGUACACCAGCAACAGCUUAGCCAUUGUGGCUAAUUUCAAGGCCAUUCUUGACAAAUUCCACAUACCCCUCCACUAAUUAUUAUUAGAUUAAUUGAAUAAAAGAAAAGAAAAAAAAAAGUUUUGGGCUUUGUUUUUUGUUCGGGUUUGACUGUUUUUAUGUAUCAUUUUUGUUCUUGAAUUAUAAGUGGUGUUUGUUUGUUGUUGAUGAUUUGUGUCCUUCAUUGAUAUCUUUGCACUUUGUAAGUUGUGAAAGUUGAAGAUUUAAUGUAAAUAGCCACAUCCAUCUCCACUUUAAAAUAAUCUAAAUUAGGAUGGGGAUUCGAACUCA